AUGGAGAUGGGCACCAGCGAGUUCCUCCUGAGGCGGCUCUGUCCAGUGAGCCUGGCGUCCCGGAGGGUCGUUUGUCCCGAAAGCGGAAGGAGGAACCUCGGACGGGGUGUGUGCUGCCUUCGUCGUGGGUGCGACAACGUGGGUCGUGUGCCCUUGGGGUUCUUCAGUGGUCAGCCGUGUGCCGUCAGGCUAGCUGAGCCUUCGGGUGGGGUCUGCAGAGACCCGCUCGGGGCCCGAUCCUCGCUGGAAUCGCAGUUCCCGCCCCGCCUACAGAGAGGAACUAAGAACUACGCAGGGCGUGUGGUUGUAGCACAGGGCGUGUGGUUGGCCAGGGAUGGCGCUGAUGGUACCGAUGAAGGCCAGCUGGCACGUGGCACAAAUGUCGCCGUUCCUGGCGGAGCCAAGUCUUCUCAUAAAAAUGAAGACCUGUCUGAUAAUGAACUGGAUGAAUAUGAUUUGGAAAAUUACGAUGAAGAGGAAUACACAGGUGAUCUAAAACUUGGAGACUCUUUGGCUACUUUGGCAGUAUAUGGGAGUAACGAUCAUGAUCCUUACAUCACUCUAAAAAGCACUGAUCAAUAUGAACAGGAGGACUUCAUGAUUAAGCCCAGUGACAAUCUUGUCCUUUGUGGCAGAGUCGAUAAGGACUACUGUAGUUUGGAGGUCCAUGUUUAUAAUCAUGAAGAGAACUCAUUUUACAUACAUCAUGAUAUUAUCUUGCCUGCUUACCCUCUAAGUGUGGAAUGGUUGAAUUUUGAUCCUAGUCCUGAUGAAUCAGUAGGAAAUUAUGUUGCGGUGGGUAACAUGACCCCGGUUAUUGACGUUUGGGACCUUGAUGUAGUAGAAUCCUUAGAACCAGUCUUUUCUCUUGGAGACAAGAAAGAGAAAAAGAAGAAAAAGAAAGGAAAGAAAAGUUUAUCUUCAGAAGGGACAGUGGAAGGACAUACUGAUGCUGUGCUUGAUCUCUCGUGGAAUAAACAAAGCAGGAAUGUUUUAGCAAGUGCAUCUGCUGACAAUACUGUGAUUUUGUGGGAUAUGUCUGUGGGUAAGCCAGCGGCCAGCCUGAUGCUACAUACAGACAAGGUCCAGACACUGCAAUUUCAUCCGUUUGAAACUCAGACCCUUAUUUCUGGAUCUUAUGAUAAAUCAGCUGUGCUGUACGAUUGCAGAAACCCACAAGAUAACCACCGAAUAUGGCGGUUCAGUGGCCAGGUUGAAAGAGUAACUUGGAAUCAUUUUUCACCUUGUAAUUUCUUAGCAAGCACGGAGGAUGGCUUUGUGUACUGUCUGGAUGCUCGUUCUGAUAAGCCACUGUUUACUCUGAAAGCUCACGAUGAAGAGGUGUCAGGGCUACAACUAAGCAGUCAGAUCAAAGGGUGCCUGGUGACAUCAUCUGCUGACAAAUGUGUGAAAAUUUGGGAUAUCCUGGGAGACAGACCAAGUUUAGUCCAUUCCAGGGAUAUGAAAAUGGGUGUUAUCUUCUGCGCAGCUUGCUGCCCUGACUUCCCGUUUGUUUUCGCCUUUGGAGGAGAGCGAGAAGGGCUGCGUGUUUGGGAUAUAAGCAAGAUUUCUGCAGUGAAUGAAGUUUUUGGAAACAGAGAGAGACUUGCUCUGGCUACUGCCAGCUCUGCGGCUUGCAGCUCCGUGGCCGGCGGCAGCAGCAGCAGCAGCAACGAUGUGGAGACAGCAAUGGAAUCGUGAUGGACCAAACAUCCAAAAAAUCAAAGUAAUUACUGGGACUAGGACUAAUGUGUGUUCUACAAAUCCCCCCAUUUGGUGAGAGUUCAUAGAAAUUACCCGAGCGUCUUGCUGUCAGCAGGCUGCUUCGUCUGGGACAAAGAAACACUGUGAUGUGGUUGAGCUCUAAGUCAGCAGUUCUAAGUUCCUGCUGCUGUUACUGGCUUUGAAAGAUGAAAUCACUCGCUUU